AUGGCAUAUCAAGUCGAAUACGCCACGGAGCAGGAUGCCUCAGAAUUAGGCAUCAUCAACAAUGACAGCUUCAGAGAAAGGGCACUUCUUCCGGUCAUAUUCCCCAAGAGCAGUGAGCCUAGUCUACGCGCAUACAAGGCUAUACAUGUCCCCAAGCACCUGGCGGACCCCAAAACCCAUGUGUUGAAGGUCACAGACCCCGCGAGUGGAACCAUUGUUGGCUAUGGCCGUUGGUAUAUUCCAACAGAGCUGGGAAUCGAACCGCAUGUCCCCGAAUUGAGCGAACAAGGCCAGGUCUACGCUAAGGAUCCUGUGGCCUUUGCGCCUCAGCCUAUGAAUAUGCGCGUAUUCACAGCUUUCAAGGCAAUGCUGGAGGAGGGGCGUAAGCGCCAUACUACAGAGCGCGACAUGAUGCUCGAUAUAUUGGCUACUCUGCCUAGUCAUCAAGGCCGUGGUGUUGGAUCCGCCAUCCUCCGCUGGGGUUGUGAGAAGGCGGAUGCAUUGCAAGUCCGGAUUUACCUUGAGGCAACUCCUGAAGGAUACCCUCUGUAUGUGAAGUAUGGAUGGAAGGCAGUCGAAAACGUUGAUUUUGAUAUGAAUGAACUGGGCGCUCAUGGCGUAGAUGAUUUUGUCUUUAUGAUUCGAGAUCCUAAGCCAGCUUGA